AUGGACACUGGUGGAUACAGCAAGCUGGAUAGUGCCAUUGAGGAGGUUCCCCGAGGGCAGUUGGGACGCUGGGAGUUCUACAAACAAAGGCUUUUCUUCCUGGUCUUGGUUUUCCUGGUGGCCACAGUGCUGUGGGCUCUCAUUCUGAGCGCCCUAUUGUCCAAGGCCUCCAGGGAACGCAGGGUACUUCUCAGCCACCAGGACCUGCUGAAGACAAAUGCCUCAGAACAAAAGAUGAUGUUGAGUGCCCUGAAAGAGGAUGUCGGAGGCUGCAGGAACUGCUGCUCCGGGAUAAAAGCGCAGUUGCAAACCACACUCUCUGAGUUUAAGAACACGCGGGCAAAGCUGAUGGAGCAGGAGAGCGCCCUUAAAGAACUGCAAGAACGUGUGACCCAGGGCCUGGCUAAAGCAGGCAGAGACCGUGACGAUAUACGCAGUGAGCUGCUCCAGGCGUUAGAAACUGUCAAGCAACAGAACAGAUCCUGCGAACAGUGCCCUGCAUCAUGGAUGCCCUUCCAAGGUUCUUGCUACUAUUUCUCUGAGACGCAGGCUGUAUGGGGCACAGCACAGAGCUACUGCUCAGUCCAUGGUGCUCACUUGGUGACUGUCAAAGGCCCAGAUGAGCAGGGCUUCCUGAGUCAGCAUACACGUGGCCGAGGCUACUGGUUGGGUCUGAGGGCAGUUCGCCGCCUGGGCAAGAUUCAGGGCUACCAGUGGGUAGAUGGAGUCUCACUCACCUUCAGCCACUGGAACUAUGGAGAGCCCAAUGAUUCCAGAGGACAAGAGGAUUGUGUCAUGAUGCUACACUCAGGGCUGUGGAAUGAUGCGCCAUGCACCAGUGAAAGGGAUGGCUGGGUCUGUGAGAAGAGGAGCAGCUGCUGAUGCCGCCCAAUGUCCCAGUGCCAUGCCCAUUGCCUCAGGGUGAAUCAGAAGUCUGGCUCAUGUUCCUCAAACCCACUAUCGAGAAUUUUUUUUCUAAUGAACCAUUACUUCUCAGCCUCAUGAACCAUUACUACUCAGCCUGAUCUUCAGAGACCCCAACUCCAAACCACAAAAUGCCCUAAACCUCCCAGCUAACCUGACUUUUGUCAGUUUCAAAAUCACUACUCUAAAGCCCUGGUCAUCUGAUCCCCUGCCUGCCCUCCUAGCCACAGUGUUAGAGAACAGCUCUUCCUGCAUCCC